AUGGCACCAACAAAGGCUGCUCCAGCGAAAGGUAAGGUCGCAAAGGCCAUUGACAGCAAGAAGAAGGUCGUAAAGGGAGGAAAUACUCAACAUAAGAAGAAGAUCCGCACGUCGGUUCACUUCCGUCGCCCGAAGACCCUUCGUCUUUCUCGCGCCCCACGCUUCCCACGCAAGUCGGCUCCAGCCAAGAACAAGAUGGAUGCUUUCAAGGUCAUUCAGCACCCAUUGACGACUGAAUCCGCCAUGAAAAAGAUUGAGGAUCACAACACUCUUGUGUUCAUCGUUGACGUCAACGCCAACAAGAACCAGAUCAAGCAAGCCGUCAACAAGCUCUACAACGUCAAGGCCCUUAAGGUCAACACCUUGAUCACCCCACUUCAACAGAAGAAGGCCUACGUCCGCUUGGGAGCUGAGUACGACGCUCUCGACGUCGCCAACAAGAUCGGUGUUAUCUAA